AUUACGAUAGUAGUCGGUUGGAUAUAUGUUGAUCUUAAGAUACGUUGCAUGGUGAUUUUUCGACAGUACUAAGUUCCUUGAUAUUUCUUUUUAUUUCAUUAUCAAAACAUAAUAUAAUUUUUAAAUUAUCCUUCAGGUUUAUGUAUACUGUCAAAUAAAAAACUUUAUACUUUAAUUUCAGGUGGCAGUCACAGAAUGCAGUACACAAUGUGUCAAUUGUACUGAAUUUGGAUACACAAUUUCAAUUUAUUUCAACGAUUCUACGUUUUAAAACUUAUCGCCCAGCGGCUAUGUACUUAGAACGUUCUUAUGACUUUGGACGUACAUGGGCACGUUAUGCUUAUUUUUCAAAUAACUGCAAACGAGAUUUUCCCUCUGUACCUGAAGGUCCUCGUCGAUCGUUGACUGAUGUAACUUGUACUGGAGUUUAUAGUCAACUUACACCUUCUGAAGGAGGUGUGGUUGCUUAUAUGGCUGCCCCAAGUGAAAUGCAUCAAUCAUGGCCUCAGUACAGUAAAGAACGUAUGAAUUUGACAGCGAUCACCAAUCUACGAGCUGUUUUUACCAGAAUUAACACCUUAGGUGAUAUGCGUGUUGAUGAUUCACCAUUAACACGACGUAAAUACUAUUAUGCACUUUAUGAAUGGAAUGUAUGGGGUAGAUGUACAUGUUUUGGUCAUGCAUUACGUUGUAAACCAAAAUCAUCUGCUGAAAUUAUUAAACCGGAAAAAGUAUAUGGUGUAUGCGAAUGUACACAUAAUACCGCUGGUGAAAAUUGUGAAACCUGUGCUGAUUUUCAUUGGAAUAAACCAUGGAUGCCAGCAACAAGAGACGCUGCUAAUGCAUGUGAAAAAUGCAAUUGUAACAAUCAUGCAACGGCAUGUUUCUUUAAUCCUGUAUUAUUUAGUAAAUCUGGUAAUGUAUCUGGUGGCAACUGUCAUGGAUGUAUGCAUAAUACAGAAGGUGUAAAUUGUGAAUUUUGUCAACCGAAUUUCUAUCGUCAUCCAAGUUAUCCAAUAGAUCAUCCUUUGACUUGCCAACCGUGUAAUUGUCAUUUGGAUGGUACAUUAUAUGAUAAUUUCUGUCAGCAAUAUACUAUACCAGAGCAGAAUACAAUCGCUGGUCGUUGUAUAUGUAAGAAAAAUGUUGGUGGUGAAAAAUGUGACCGGUGCAAAGUUGGAUUUUGGAAUUUCCAAGCUGAAAAUCCUGAUGGUUGUGAAGCUUGUUCAUGCAAUAUGAUUGGUACAAUCGACAAUGGUGGUUGUGAUCCAUUUACUGGACUUUGUACUUGUAAACGAUUUGUUGGUGGCCCAAAUUGUGAUCGAUGUUUGGAAGGUUAUUUUAACCUGUCCACAACACCAUUAGGUUGUCAAGAAUGUGCCUGCAGUCAAAUAGGAUCAUUGAAUCCAAAUUGUGAACGUGUUAGUGGACAGUGUGCUUGUAAAGUUGGCUUUACUGGACGUGAUUGCAGUGAAGUUGAAAAUGGCUAUUAUAUUGUUCCACCACAUGAAGUAAUUGAUAAACCUGACGAAAAAGAGAUUACACUGGUUGGACCUAAAGGUGAAGGGAAGUAUGUAAUUGUUCUUGAUGUGGAUCCUAAACAGUUUGGUUCCGGUGAUAGAUGGUCAAUCAUUGUAACACCUUUUCAGUAUGGGGCAACAAAAUGUCAGAAUCCACCUCAAAGUGUUAAUAUUUAUCAAGACACUCACAAAGUUAUUAUAUCAGAUGUCUGUUUGGAACCUGGAUUACCAAUUGUUUUACGUGUUGUUCCUGAAUCGUAUCCAGAAGGAGCAUUUACCGAAAUCCUAAUUACUGAUAUUAUACUGAUACCUACUGAUGACAGUGACUUAGCACGUCGUUGUGAAGUCUAUCGUGAAGUUGCUAUGGAGAUACUAGCUGGUCGCCGUGAAGAUCGAACGGGAUUACCACCGGAAUGUGAAGUCUACUUCCGUUUACCACGUUUAAGUUGGAAAGAGAGUAGUUCUGUGGCACAAAGAUGUUUAUGUAAUUCAACUGGUUCACGUUCUGAGAUAUGUGAUAAACUAACGGGACAAUGUCCAUGUAAAGAUGGGGUUGUUGGUAGACAAUGUGAUCGAUGUGCAUCAUAUCAUUAUGGUUUCAGUGCAAGAGGAUGUACCGAUUGUGCAUGUGAUCCUCAAGGAUCUGUCAGUUUACAAUGUCAUGAAGAUACUAGUCUUUGUGAAUGUCGACCAGGAAUUGUUGGUAAACAUUGUAAUAUGUGUAAUCCUGGUUUUUGGGAUUUUCCAAAUUGUCGUCCAUGUAUAUGCAAUGAAUUUAGUGAUUUUUGUAAUCAGACAACUGGAAUAUGUGAAAACUGUAGAGAUAAUACUGGCGGUGAUCAUUGUGAAACAUGCCGUGAAGGAUUUUAUGGUGAUCCUUUGAGAAAAACUCCUUGUAAACCAUGUUCAUGUCCAGGCGGUGGAUUAAAUCAUGCUAAAGAAUGUCAUAUGGGACCAUUGGAGGAACAAAUUUGUAUUUGUAAAGUUGGAUACACAGGUCCGAGAUGUAGUCAAUGUGCCACGAACUAUUUUGGGAAUCCAACUGAACCUGGUGGCUCUUGUCGACCAUGUGAAUGUUCUGGAAAUAUUGCAGUUAAUGUACCUGGCAGCUGUGAUCCAAUCACUGGACAAUGCCUGAAGUGUUUACAUAAUACAGAAGGUUAUUACUGUGAUAUAUGUAAAGAUGGCUUUUGGGGUGAUGCAACACGUCAAAUGUGUCAGCCAUGCAAUUGUUACCCAUUAGGUAGCAUUGAUGAAGGUGCUGGAGGUUGUAAUCGUGAAAAUGGACAAUGUUCAUGUCUACCAAAUGUAAUUGGUCCAAGAUGUUAUGAAUGUGCACCAUAUUUUUUCAAUUUAACUUCUGGUAAAGGAUGUGAACCAUGUUUAUGUGAUCCAACUGGUUCAAUUGAUGAUUUAUGUGAUCCGGUUAUGGGCCAGUGUCGUUGUAAACCAGACCGAAGUGGGCGUAGAUGUGAUCAGUGUAGAAGACUAUUUUAUAGCGAUCCAACUACUCCAGACGGGUGUCAACCUUGUAAUUGCGAUCGAAUUGGUUCAACAAGUGAUUUAUGUGAUCCAUUAACUGGUCAAUGUCCAUGUAGAACGGGUAUAACUGGCCAACGAUGCGACAGAUGUGACCGAGGUACUGAAGGUAUUCUACCUGAUUGUGUACCAUGUGGUGAAUGUUGGAAUAACUGGGAUAAAGCAAUCGACAAAGUUAUUAGUGAAUUAGAUCGUUUACAGAAUCAAACGGGUCAACAGUUACCUAAAGAACUAAAAAUCAUGUUUGACAGUUUAGUCAGCUUAUUAGAUCAAAUUGAACAUUUACCAUGGAUGACAACAGAUGAUACAAGAUUGAAUGAAUUCCGUGAUGUAUUAAAACGAAGCGAAGAAAUUGUUAUGCGUCUAAGUUCACUUGAUCAAUUCGCUGAUAGCUUAGUAAAAUGGGAUGAUUUAAUAACAGAGAGAUUCGCUCAACAGUUAGAGCGUAAAGCUGUAGUGAAUGAAGCAAAAGCACGUCUUGAAACACUAAAAGCACAAAUGCAAAAUAUAAUGGAUGAGUCAAUAAAAUUGGAACAUCUUGAUCAAAAAGGAGCAUAUUUAUCAAUUCUACGUUCAAAAGAUAUUGGUGAUAGAGCCAUGAACACACAAAUUAGUAUAGAACAUCAACGUGGUGGAUUAGAAGGUGACUUAUCAAACUCUAAACGUGAAUUAGAAGCAGUACAAACACGUGCAGAUCAGUUAAAUUCAGAUUGGGCACAAUUAGAUAGACGAAUCGAAGAAUUUCGUGAAAAAAUUCGACAAACUAAUAGACUGAUUUGUGGAGAUAAUAGUUUACCACCAACUGAAGAUACAGAUCAAAAAGUAUGUCCAUCCACAUGUGGUGGUGCUGGAUGUGAUUAUUUUUUUUCAAAAUCAUCAAAUCUCAAUACAAUAUCAACAACUAAAAAUAUAUUAAUGAAUCAUUUAAACACUGGUCUAAUUAGUACAUGUGGUGUAAAUAUUGGAUGUAAUGCAAGUAAUGCUGGAAGAUUAAGAUCACGUAUGGAAGAUUAUUUAAAUCUUCAAAUUCGUCUAACUAAUGCAUUAUAUAAUGUUUAUAGAGCUGAAAAUGCGAUAUCGAAGGUAAAUUCAAGUCGUAGAAUUGCUGAACAAACAGUAACAAAUUUAACUAUACAAGCAAUAACUAUAAAAGAACGUAUAGCUGAUAUGUAUAAUCUUACAGAAAAUUUAAUAAAUGAAGCUGAAAAAUAUGUCAAUCUAUACAGUAGUAUGAGUCAAGAGAAAUUCGAUGAAAUUUUAAGAACCCUUCAAAAUGCAAAAUUGAAUGUUAGUCUAUAUGAAGCAGAACAGAUAAUUCAACAAUUAGAAAAAUAUGCUAUAGACCUGGAGGAUAAAGUUAAACAUAUUUUAGCCGAAACUGAAUUGGAUCGUCAACGUACUGGGAAUUUAUUAAGACGUGCUGAAACUAUUAGAGAUAAAGCAAAAGAUUUUAUGGAACAAAUUAAUCAGUUGAAAGAGGCCGAUAAGAUCUACCAAGGAAUAGAAGAGAAACCAAUUAUUCAAAAAGUUGAUGACAUUGAAUUAUUCAAUCAAAUUACACAAUUAACUGAACAAAUAGAUGGAUUCAAAAACCAACUUAUUAUGUUCUCACGUGAUUCAAGUCUACAAUCGGAUAAAGUGAAAGAGGCUUCUGAAGUAGCAGAUGACCUACUGUCAAGUACUAAUGUUGCUAGACGUGAAACUUUAGAUACAUUACAACAAAUUGAACUUGUUGAAGUCACAUUCAAGCAAUUAGACGAGAAAAUGUUAGAACUUGACAAACUGAUGCGUGCACUAGAUACAGGUGGUCGUGAUACUGAAGAUGAAGGUUUACCAGAUACUACAUUAACUGAUCCAGCUAAACUAAUGGAAGAAAUUCAAAAUUAUACCAGUACUUUAGAACUAAAUACAGAUGAAGUUAAAAGUAUAUUAACAAAUUUAAAAAGAUUAGAAAUAGAAAGUGAAUAUUUAACUGAUGAAUUAAAAGGUUAUAUGGAUAAAAUGCAUAAAUUAAAUAUACAUUUAUCACGUACUACAAAACAUCAUCAAUUAUGCACUUAAUUUAUAUUAUUAAUAAACUAUUAAAAAUGAAGAAGAAGAAGAAGAAGAAAAACAAGACAAAACAACCCCCACUUAUUAUUAUAAUGAUAGUUUGGUUUUCUUUUUUUUUAAUCAUUCACUCUUUCUUUUUUUUUCUUUUUCUUUAUUAUUAUUAUUCAAUGUUCAAUUGUAUUAUAUUCAUUUCUACCGGUUAUUUUUUAUCAUUGGAAAAUGAUUAAUCAUUUAUCAAUCUAUUAUUAUUAUUAUAUCAUCUUAUUGUGAUUAAUAAUUAUUCCCUUCAGAAUCUAAUACGAUGAAAUACCUUUUCUUUGUUUGGCUGUUUGUUUGCUUAGUUUAUUUAGUUCAGUAUUUAUACAACACAACUUAUAUCUAUAUAUAUCCAAUAUGAAAAUUAUUCAUUCUCUUUUAUUGUAUGAAUCCCUCUUUUUUUUGUUUAAAAACAAAACAAAAAGAAAGAAGAAACUUUAUUAAAAGUGUUAAGAUAAUUGAUUUGAUAAAUCGUUCAAUCUUUAUGAAUGAAUAAGUAAAGAAAGAAGAAAUCUAUAUAUAUAUAUACGUGGUUGAUUAGACUAAUUUAAUAAUGAAUAUGAAGUUUUCAAUGUAUUUUAAUAAAUGAUUUCUCUUGUUAUUAUUCUUAUUCUUAUGGAGUACGUUUUUUCUUUCUUUCUUUCUUAGAAUAAUUAUUGUAUUAUUUAGUGAGUAUUGUUUUACUGAAAUUUUCCCAUUGAUAUUUGAGACUACAAUGAAUCAGUAUGUUAUUGACAUAUAUGCAUACUGAGAUUUAGAUGGUGGUUGGAGGUAGUCGACAGGAAACCGUGGACCCACGUUUCGUGCUACUUGGCACUCGUCAGCAAGGUGUACCUGUAAUCUUGAAGGAACUGGUGCACUAAUAAGGACUAGACAAGCAUGACAUUGAUCACCACUCAGUGAUCAAUCAAUUGUGAUAUAUGCAUACUAAUUUGUAUUGCAUUAAUUCACAAAUAGAUUGAUCAAUUGAAGUAUUAAAUAACAAUCAGUCGGUAAUAUCGAGUCACUAUAUUGUAAUUUAGUUGAUAGUAUUCGAUCUGCACGAAAAACGAACUUGACAUAUAUGACAUUGAUCACCAUCCAGUGAUCAAUCAGUUGUAAGCGUUACCCAAUCUCAUCAUUCCUCUUCAACUUUGCCAUUGAUGACAUUCUGGAAACAGCUCUAAUGGAUGUAAGUAAUGGUGGUGUAGAUCUGUUGCCUGGAGAAAGACUUCUCGACCUUGAGUAUGCGGAUGAUAUUGCCUUAGUGUGCGAUAAUGCCCAAGUCAUGCAAUCCGCACUUAAUCAGUUGGCAAUCAGUGUCCGUAAGUAUGGGUAUGUGCUUUGCAACUACGAACUGCAAAGCACUUCUACAAGACUGGCAGGAUUCUAAUCCUGCUGGUAUUCUAAUUAGUAAACACUUAGUUAAACAUACUUACUUACUUACUUACGCCUGUUACUCCUCGUGAAGGAGCAUAGGCCGCUCACCAGCAUUCUCCAUCCAACCCUGUCCUGGGCAAUCCUUUCUAGCUCCGUCCAGUUGUAAUUCAUCGUUUUCAUAUCUGCUUCUAUUAUCCGAUGCAAUGUGUUCUUUGGCCUUCCUCUUUUUCGCUUCCCUUCAGGAUUCCAAGUUAGGGCUUGCCUCGUGAUGCAGUUUGAUGAUUUGCGUAAUGUAUGUCCUAUCCAUUUCCAUCGUCUUUUCCUAAUUUCUUCUUCAGCUGGAAGUUGGUUUGUUCUCUCCCACAGAAGGCUAUUGCUGAUGGUAUCCGGCCAAUGGAUGUUGAGUAUCUUGCGUAGACAGUUAUUUAUAAAUACUUGUACUUUCUUGAUUGUGGUUGUUGUAGUUCUCCAAGUUUCAGCUCCAUACAGUAGAACCGCCUUGACGUUCGUAUUGAAGAUUCUUACUUUGAUAUUGUUUGAAAGUUGUUUUGAGUUCCAUAUGUUCUUCAAUUGUAGGAAAGCGGCCCUUGCUUUGCCGAUCCUCGCCUUUACGUCUGCAUCGGAUCCUCCUUGUUCAUCGAUGAUGCUUCCUUAGUUAAACAUAGAACUCUGUAUAUAAUAACCAUAUCACUAGAUGAAGUCACUGAUAUUUCAUCAUUCAAAUCACACCAGACGCUAUGAACAUUUAGCGACCUGGCAUACCAAGGAGCCAUAAGUUAAUAAAAAUUAUUAGCGCUUUUGAACAGAUAUGAAAUAAACUUCAAAGGAAAUAGUACAGUACAAAAUCACUCUUGUAUUGAUUGAUUGCAAGUCAAGCGAAGUGCGGUGGUCAAAGGUUAUUAAACAUGAGAGAAAAUAACAACCAUCAAUCCAUAAAACCUUAACGGAAAGCUGGUAGAACUAUAAAACAGACAAACUGCCUACUGAAUAGUAGGCUGUUGUUAUGCUGGAGAAAUUCUUUUCAGCAGACUGAUGGUAUAGAACAUAUGGAAAGUUAAGUCUCUUACUAAGCACUGUUUGAAAUAAAAUAACUAGUAAAUUUGUCAAUUUCAGUUAUUAAAUGUACUCAAUACUGAUGUAAAACUAAUUACAUUAAGGGUGUAUAUACUAAGCGAGAUUCACAUAAGUAGCCUAAUGGUAUCAUAGAGUAUUAAGAUAGGUCUACUUAAUUAACUCAACAUCGACCCAAAAUAAAAUCUAAUAAUCCAUUAAACGAACCUCCAAAACUUAAAAAUCAGUAUAACUUACUUAAAACUAUACCAUUUCAUUCAUAGAUCGUUCAAUGUUAUACCACCAAUAAAAACCUGGAUAGCUGUUUCGUUUUAGGGUGGGACUCCACGAACCCGCACUGAGGACCUCUAGUCUCGCGUGCGAAGGCUCAACCUCUCGACCACUGAGUCGGCAUCUAACAGUGUUAACCCUAAUCAAUUAAUGAUCUUGCAAGACCCUUCAUACAUUCCCUGAGGCGGAUAACUGUCUCACAUUCGACAUGGGUUGGACUCUACUGAUCACGGCUUCUCUCUAUAACUAUUUCGGACCCUAACCAGAAAAACUAGCUUUCCUACGACCUUCAAACCGACAAUCGGGAGUUUCGUUGCAUGAAUUACAAGGACGAUAACUAGUCAUUAAACGCAUUAAUCCUUUAGACUAAGCAUAGUAUCCACACAGUUCACGCAAAUCUUGAGUAGUCGCUAACAGCCAUGUUUCCAGGCUACGCAAUAAUCCAUGGCUAUAUGAUUUUCGUGCUUCCUGCCUAUUACAAAUAGCUGCUUAAGAGUAAGCCCGAAAGCAUGUAAGGAGCUUUAUCUCAAAGGUCGAACCGAUCUUAAUGUAGAUCAUACAGACCGACAGAGAUAUCAGAAAAGAACCUGACUACGCGAAUAAUUAACUUAUAACAGUGUGCCCAAGCUUGUAUUUCUAAUCCAAGUCGUAAAACAGUAUAUGACUUGUUUGGAAUACAUCGACCUAUCAAAUAUCUUUAGCUUCCUCUAAUUUUAAAAUAUGAUAAGAAUAACCAAGAGCUCAGACACCACGCACAGAUUCAUGUUUCAGAUUACAAAUCACACUAAAUGUCUCCCGGUUGAUAGUCUAGACCUCGGCAGGUUGACCCAUGAUUCACUGGUCGAAAGUCAGGUUUCGAAGCAUAUAGGGUACAAUUUUAUAAUAAUGAAUAAGAAAAUGUAGUAAUAUUAUGAGGUAGUUCCCGUGUUUAAAAGGUUAUUUUCGGAAUUCCUGAUUUCAGAUGAGAACAGAAUGUGGAACAAUAAGCCUCAAGUAAUAGUGCAUCCCUUUAUUUCUAGUCCUAUUUUAAGGCAUUGUGGUUUCCAUUCAAAUUUCUUUUGACAGGACAGUAGGAAGGUGGAGAUGAUCUGGAGAAUGUGAUGUAUUUGCGCUAUAUAUUCAGAACAAUCUGGUAAUACGUAUACUUAAUGAGGAGUUUAUAUGUUAAAACUAAUGAAAGUCAAUUAAAUAAAAGUUCAAAUAGUGAUAAUUAUAAAUAAAGGAGAGAAAAAACUAAUAUAUGUAAAGAAUAGUAAUUCGUCACACCCUCAUAUACCGUAAGAUGCCUUAAAAAAUUACCAGGCAUGAUUAAAGGUGUCGAAUCGCUUUUGCACACAGCCACAGAAAAGACAUAUAACGCUGCUAAAUUGAUUGUUACCUAAAAACCAGGUAUGGCGUAGCCGUCUGUACGGUGCCUAUGCUUGUGUGAAAUCAUGGAGUCUUUUUUUUAAAAACAGCCAGUUUAGCAGCGCAAUUUAUGUUCUCCAUCGCUGCAUUCAGUCUUAGAAAAUUAUGCUGUUUAACUCUCCUCUAAAUGGUAAAUAGAUAUAGGCUCUUUUCUUCGCAAAGAAGUCAUAAAGGGUUUUUGGUUUUGGUAUGAAACGACUUUCACACUGAUGUUAAUAGAUGCUUUUAGUCUGUCUCACAUCCCACUGUACUCAUCAAUUCACAUCCUUGUGUGAACACAUGCAUAGAGCCCGAUCGUUGCUGCUACCUUGACGUGGUGGUCGGGUUCGCCUAUCGUGAUGACGCAACCGAGCUAUACUGGCUGGAACAAUAGUUCCUCAAUGACAGUUCCUACCACGACAGUCAAGCAGAUCGGCUGAAGAGCGGUAAGACUAAAAGCAGCAAACCCAAGGUCCGAGGGACAAGUCAUACUGUUGAAUUCACAGAGGUGUGACGGCAGUAAUGUGUUUCCUUCAGACAACCAGCAUAACAGCGAUGCUGCCUUCCCACAAAAAGGGGUUAGAAAAGGUCGACCCUAAAAAUACACACCUCACCUUAUCCCACGGAUAUCCGUCUCCGGUGGUAAGGUCCCAACAAUUACUCACAAAAAGGUUGAGUGUGACCGACCUCAAGUAGUUGUCCCUUGGGUCACGCUCUCAAAUCAUUAAGAUCACGUCUAACCCAAUUUCCUUUUCAAGUACCUCCAGGAGAACCAUUCCACGGUGUGGGUGGUCGGGAAGUGAUAACCGCCUUCAUACCUCUAACAGCGCUCAAGAUCACUGUAUUCAUAAUCAACCUCCCUCUUCAAUCCCUUUUAUUUUUCCUACAUCGAAUUUCUACACCAAACUUCAUCCUCAGUUGUCACCAUAGCCAACGAUUCUAGUGCACAAAACACUCCCAGGUCUACUGAAACCUCGCUCCAAGCUACACAUUAGAGCCUUCAACGUACGCACCCUGUUUUAAAUCGGCCAACAGGCUGUCCAUCUCCAUUUUUUUAACUUCAUCAUAGACAUACUGAUGGAAAUAACCUACUCCUCGACUGAAUUCUCGGGCAUUCAUCUCUUUCCAGAAGGUCCACUAAUCGACUUAAAUACGCAGAUCACAUGGUCCUGUUUGGUGAAGACACUGAUAAAAUGCAGUCUUCUGGUAGCAUUGAGCGACAAUGCCAGAAUGUUUGGAAUACGCUUCUCUCCCUCUAAAUGCAAGUUGUUGCUCCACAACUAGUCUGCGUCAACAAAAGAACUAACGAUAAGGAGUGAAGUAGUCGAACGCGUCCACAACUUCACUUAUCUUCGAAGUCUCAUCAGCCCUAAUCGGUCGCUAUCUCACGAAAUCUCAGCACGCAUUCAGAAAGCUCAUUUGGCUUUUGCCAACUUUCGUCACCUACGACGAAGGAGAGAUAUCCGUCUAUCAAUUAAGAGACAAGUAUGCUGAGCAACAGCUCGUUCUGUUCUACUUUACGACUGCGAAACGUGGCCAUUAAUGAACGGUAGAAGAUACUCGUAAGUUACUAGUAUUUGACCACGGACGCCUCACAAAUAUUUCUCGCAUCUGCUGGCAUCACCAGGUAAGUAAUAAUGAGGUUAGACGGAGGGUAUUAGGGAAUGAUGGCAAAUCAGUUGAUCAGGUUGUGAAUCUUCAUGUUGAUAGAUGCAGACUACUUGGUUGGUGUCCGCGUGACUUUCGUAACCAAUGUCUGGAGACUGUGGGUGACAUGGCUCAGAAUCGAUCUCAAUUGUGUAGGUGUACACACUCUGUCUUCCCUUAAACCAUGAAAUUGAAAUUGCUUUAUAUCUUUCUUUCUACGAACUAAUUCUUUCUUCCUGUACUCAAUCCGUAAACGCAAUCUUUCUUUUAUAUAUUACCACCAUUAGAUUAACCACUUCUAUAAAUUCGGUGUCCAUCUUGUUGUGCUAAUGAGGUGUGGCAACUUGGACCGAUGCAUGUAUGUGCCUGGUCCUACGUUGUAGCUGACUGACUGACAUACAUAAGGGUGAGUAGUCGGACAACACACUAAAGGAUUAUAUAUUUAUUUGGCAUUGGAAUCAAUUAGUGUCAAAUAAUCCGAUAAACAUAAGGAGUGGAAACCCAUCUUCAUCAAUAGCGAAUCGAUUUGAGUUUGCCACUGGGAGAGCGCUACGAAGUACUAUACAGCCCGUUUGCAAAAAUAUUUUACGCACACAAGAGAAACAAAUGAUUUGAUGGCCUGCAAGACAUAGUUUUAAACUAUCUAUGAACGUUAAAGUAUACCGAGUUGGUGAACCAAAAACUUCGUUACGCUAGUGAGCAUCUACAUAAGAGAUUGUGCAGCUUUGACAGAAUCAGAAUAUCAUCACAGGAAGAGCAUUCGGUUUCAUAUUUUCACGAGCUGCUCCAGCAACAAUAACAAUGUGUUUUAUUAGAAACGCGAAAUCGAGUACUUGAUCGAUUAUUUUUUAACGAAUCAAAACAGUAUUCUUUUGGAAACCAAUUCAGCAAGUAAAUACAUAUUAAAAUGUAAACGACUUGUGCUUGGACGACGACAAAAGAUAUCUGGUAUUGUAUGCUGAGAAGACUAGUUUCUUGCCUUUUAAUUAUAGUGCGUCUCUACCGGUUUGCAUUAAUCUUCGUCAUAACAAAGAGUUAGUCGACUAUGUUGAUCACUGCACUUAACAUCAA